ACAAGCUAUGAAAGACGUCAUAAGAACGCGCGUGGCAGCUGAGGGCAAAGCAGGGACUCACCAAAAGUUCUUCUGUUUUCAGGGAGCAGGAAGGCAGAAGGAAUGGACCCCAGCACAAGUUCCGCAGACCCGGUACCUGAUCCAGAUGUCGCCUCUCCCGAAAUAGAAGACCCAGAGCAAAACAACAACAAGCCUCUUUCAGCGACCAUGAGAGCCAAGAUUGAACGUAACAGGCAGCGUGCACUGAUGUUACGGCAAGCGAGGCUAGCCAGCAGACCCUAUUCUGUAGCCGAAGGAGGCACCUGUGCAAAAAUUCAAAAGACGAUUGACACUGGAGCUGGGUUUUUCAUAGAAGAGGAGGAAGAAGAGCAGCAUGAAGUGGAGAAAGUGGUGCACAAGCCAGGUCCAGUGCUGGAGUUUGACUACUUGCUGUGUGAGGACUGCAACAAAGCAUUUAUGGACUCCUACCUCAGCAACAGCUUCAAUUUAGCUGUGUGUGACAACUGCAGGGACAAUGAGAACAAACACAAGCUGAUAACCCGAACAGAAGCCAAGCAGGAGUACCUCCUGAAUGACUGCGAUCUUGACAAGAGGGAACCCAUACUGAAAUUCAUCUUGCGAAAGAACCCUCACAACUCCCACUGGGGCGACAUGAAACUCUACUUGAAGCUUCAGGUUGUGAAACGCUCUCUGGAAGUAUGGGGCAGUGAGGACGCCCUGGAGGAAGCUAAAGAAUCCCGUCAGGAGACCCGAGACAAGCGGAAGCAGAAACAGUUUGACAAGAAGGUGAAAGAACUUCGCAGAGCUGUGAGAAGUAGCUUGUGGAAAAAGGACUCAAGUUCCCACAAGCAUGAUUCAAGUGCUUCUCUAACUUCUGUUCCUAUAUAUAUUGAGAAAGAAGUGACACAUAUAUUAACAAAAUUUGCUGUCACAUGUGGUGCAUGA